AUUAGAGUUAUGAAGCCUGCAUUAUUUUCUGAUGCGCUGAAAGUUGAGGAAACUCUUGCCAAAGCUAAGCCGAUCACUGAGUAUAAUCAAACAAUAGAAGAGCUUGAGCAAGAGCAUGAAGAAAUUACAAGCAAACUUGAUUGUGAAGCAGCCCUCCGUGAAAAGGGUUGCUUCAUUCUUGAUAAAUAAGGCUGGAGAUCUUUUGCUCCUUGCUUCUGAGCAUGGGUUAAUUAAUGUGAUAAAGUACUUAGUUCAGAAUAAACUCACACUAAAAUACAAAAACUAUUUUGGAGAUACAUGUCUCCAUUACGCUUGAAAGGGUUCUGAUCCAAAAAUGGUGCUAUAUCUUCUAGAGAAAGGGAUCGACCCAAAUAUUCAAAAUAAGUUUUUAGAAACUCCUUUAUUUCAUGCAGCUGAAGUUGGCAAUCUAGACGUCGUCCAUCUUCUAGUCCGAUAUGGGGCAGAGCUUGAGUUAACCGAUAAAUUCGGAGACACAGCUCUUCAUUUCGCAGCAAGAGAGGGUUGAGUAGAAGUUAUUGACUACAUUGUCACAAAAUGACCUGCACUUUUAACUGUUGAAAAUCAAGAAGGCAAAAAUGCACUUGCUUAUGCCCUCGACAACUCCCAGACAUCUGGAGCACAAGUGAUGAAAUUAAAAGGAUGUAAGGUAAAAUAUGGUAAAAGAGAAGACAAAAUUCUCGAAUUGGCAAAGAAGCUUAUGGAUGAAUCUCCCAAUCACAAAAAGAGUAUUUUCAAGCAUGUUCCCACAAAAAUAACAAUCUUUGGUGAAAAGUUAAAUCGUGAAAAACUUGAAGAGGAAAGAGCCAAGCGCCGUAUGAAUGUGUAUCAAGCGAAGAUGGCUAAAAUGAAGGUUGAGAAGGACAAUGAAGAAUCUAAGGACUAAAUUUCAACCCCCCUAAA